UGUAGCCACAGCAGGUCCGGUCAACUCUCAGCGCAUCCCGUUACUUUUGUCUGGACACAAAGAGCCGAGAAUAUGAAAGCAGCAGCAGGAGCAACAACAACAACAACAACAGAGGAGGAAUAAAAGUGUAGUAGACAGGUGAGCGUGUUUGUUUUUGGAGGAGGAAUGACGCCCUCACAGAGAACACGUCACGCAGGAUGCGAAGCGGCACGUAACAAUAAAUGGAGAAUGGCAGCUCCUCCUAACAUCCCCCUGUUGAAGUGUCCUGGUGGGAUUCCCCAACCGUGGCCCAUUCACCCCCGUCCGACAAGACAGAACCACAGGUCCCACUUCCCGCCGCCUCCUCCACCUCCCUCUCACCUGCCUUUUUUCCACACACGCCACGCAGAGGAGAGUGCUGAGCGGCCCCAUCUAGUCACCAUCGUCCGCCCCAGUGGUCAGACUUCCCUGCGAAAGGUGACUGUGUUGUUGAACCGCAGAGGUGUGGUCUCCUUUGAGCAACUACUCUUGGAUGUCUCGGAGGCAUUGGGGUUUCCUCGCUGGCACAGAUCUCGCGUCACACGCCUUUACACAACCCGCGCACGAGAGGUGAAAGGUGUGUGUGACUUCUUCCGAGGUGAGGUGGCUUUCCUGGCUCUGGGUAAGGCUCGCCCAGAACUGAGCAGUGUGCAGGAGGCUCUGGAAGAGCUCUUUCCAGAUCAUUCCCAUUUCUGGGCUGACGCACUUCGGGCUUGGGAGAAAAGACUUACCUCCACGCCGGACAAAGCUGCGAAGGCCGACAGCGGAUACAGCGAAGGGGCAGAAAGCAUUGACACUAACCUGGAGACAAAUAAGGGAACAGCUAAACACAGUGAUACACACAAACCUGAAAUUUAUGACGCAGAUGUUCAGAAGUCACAUAAAAAGAGCUCUGGUAGGAAACCGGCUCAACCUCCAAACCACCUGCAGAGACUGAAUAUGAGGGGUGGGAUUAGAGAGCGACAGCCUUCCACCCUUGGUUCAUUUAAAUUCGAGGAGGGUCCUAAAGAAGCAGAAAUACCAUCUCCUACGAUGUGUGAAAACUGCUUAGCAAUAAGAGCCAAACAUCACGGUCUAGAAUGGAUCAAUGCCCUAUCAGGGAGGGCCCCACUUCCUCCUGUGUCAAGAAAGCAAAGAGGUGGUUCUCAUUCAGAACAAGAGGUGUCAAAGCCGGACGUCCCUCUCAGCCUUUCACCUCCUCCACCUGUCAGCAUGAAGGAGGAGAAGAGUCUUACACACUUACAACUUUCAAAACCACUCCCACAUGUAGGUCCAGCACAGAAAGACGAAGAGCAGAGGACGACCUUUGACCUCCCUACCGAUGGCAGCGAUGUCACCCAGUCAGAUAUUGAGCGUUGCUAUGAAAUGGGGCGAGUGGUUGGAGACGGGAACUUCGCAGUGGUGCGAGAGUGCCGCCGCCGUGACAACGGACAAACACUUGCCAUGAAGAUAGUUGAACGUUCCAAGCUGAUCGGUCGAGAGCACAUGAUGCAGAACGAGCUGAGCCUCCUGGGCAGCCUGUGUCACCGUCACAUCGUGCGCCUUUUCUCGCACCACCACACGCACACUCACUCGUACCUGGUGAUGGAGCUGGUGAGUGGAGGCGAUCUGUUCGAGGCCAUCAGUGAAAGAGGGAAGUUUUCAGAGGCCGAGGCGGGACUGAUGGUGUCAGACAUGAGUGACGCUCUACAUUACAUCCACAGCAAGAGUAUCGUUCACCGAGACCUCAAACCAGAAAACCUACUGAUAGAGCGAGUGGCAGGAGAUACCUGCAGGCUGAAGCUGGGAGACUUUGGUCUCGCCAUGGUUGUAACUGAACCGGUCUUUACCAUUUGUGGGACACCGACAUAUGUUGCCCCGGAGAUUCUCCGUGAAACAGGUUAUGGUGUAGCAGUGGAUGUAUGGGCUCUGGGUGUUAUUCUCUACAUACUGCUGUGUGGCUUCCCCCCAUAUCGCAGUCGAGAUCGGGACCAGGAGGAGUUGUUCCAGUUAAUAAAACAGGGGCAGCUCCACUUUCUUUCCCCCUACUGGGAUCCCAUCUCAGAGGAAGCCAGAGGCCUUGUAAGAGCUCUGCUUUACCCAGAUCCCACGGUGAGGCUGACAGCGGAGCAGACCAUGCAGCAUCCCUGGGUGAAGGCUAUGGUUUCACUUUGCAAGCAGGGGGCGUUCACAGACAAAACUCAGAGGAUCACUGCAGACACCGGAGAGGAAACUGAAAGAGAUAGAAGAGCAGCUAACUCAAAUACAGCAGAAACAAUGACAAGAUCAAGACACAUUGGCAGCGAGAGAGAAAGAACACACAAAGAGCUCAGCAGAGGCGAUGAGAGAUUAAAUGAGCUCAUCAAAGGCAGAUGGAAAGAUGAGGACAAACCACAUCAACAAAAAAGAGUCACAGGUGCAGUGUCAGAGGACACACCCAGGCAACAGAAACCAGACUGCACCUCACCAGACUCUGGCUCACCCAGCAGAGAGACCAGCAGAGGAGAAAUACGGGAUCCAGGAAUCAAACUGUCAAACACAGACUGUAAAACAGGCAGCACAAACACAGAUUGUGAAACAGGCGGUGCAAUCAGAGUUGAACACAGUCAUUUUAGUGCCCCUGUGGCCAAAGCUGAACCCCCAUCCUAG